AGGACUACUUCAUGUCCCACUGCCUGGACCACCUCGGCGUCGAGGCCUUCUUGGACACCGAGGAAAUCGGCGACAACCUGUGCAAUGGAGCGUUCUGCGGCGAGGGCAGCAAGGCCGCCUUCCACCCCUUCAAGAGCGUCGGGGCGUGGGAGCAGUGCUGGCGGGAGGCCACCGGCCAGCAAGGCGGCGGAGACGGCGAGGAUGGUGGAGAGGGCGGAGAUGGCGGAGACGGCGGAGAUGGCGGAGACGGUGGAGACGGCGGAGACGGCGGAGACGGCGGGGACGGCGGAGAUGGCGGAGACGGCGGAGACGGCGGGGACGGCGGCGAGGACGGCGGAGAACCCCAGGCCGAGUACGCUUGAGGUUGCAGAUUCCGCGGCCAUCUGGUAGAGGGACUUGUCGAUUGGUGUGUGCGUCCUCCAGUUGUAGAGGGUAAGUGCGCUCGUAUCCAUGAUGUGAAGUCUCAUGCGACGUGGCACGAUUCCCUGCCAUUUGUCUCAGCACGACCUGCGGGACUACAUGAACCGAAAUUAUCUAUCAUCUCAGGCCUCACAGCGCUGUGUUGAUAGCGGUGUGACAAUUUUCCGUUCGUGAGAAGCUUGAUAAGCGCCACGGAAGCGCCAUUCAUGUUCUCGCAUGUCUCAUCCUCGGAGUAAGAGGAGGACUGCAGGAGCGCCUUUACAGGAUCCUCUGCUUCACUCGUCCUUGUCCCAUGUGUCGCCACCUGGAUUCUUGCCUUUCGUUUCCAACAGUUUUUCUGCACGAGGCUAUGUCCACCGCUCGGCCUCGAGCAACUUUUUACAGCCUCUGCCGCACUACUCCCUGAGCCAUCCCUGCCAUAUCGAGGGCAGGAGGAAGUCGAGUGGGCAGCUGCCGUCGGGAAGUGCCCAUGGUGGG